CCACUAUUACAGCUAUAAACGCAAAAUAAAUUGAAAAUCUAAAAUCAGAAAACUUGCUUUAACUCGAUUAACUUCCGCUUUUUAGACCGGAAACACGUCUUUCUAAGUGCCAGUCAAUAUACAGUCGAGUCACGUGACAGCGUCGCCCAUGUUGUUGGAGAACAUUUCCCGUCAGAUGCGGUCGCGAGAGUUGAUCGAAACUUAUCUUCUUUGGUAAAUUUCUCAGCGAUUUUACGAACAAUCUUGAAUGAUUACUGACAGCCGAAAUGACUGAGGAUAACCCUCGGAGGGGAAUCACUUUUCAGUGUGGUUUAGCUCGAGAAAGUUAUGGUUUUGAAGGGAAAGACUUGACAGCUUUGAAGGAACUUGCAUGCUCAUUUCUCGACCAGAAGCUAAAGUUCCAGAAGAUGAAACGAUYGUCAGAUCUCACCAGUUUUCAGUCCAUUCCUACAAAUCGCCUUCGUUUUGUGACUUCUGUGGCCAGAUGUUGUUUGGGCUUGUGCGACAGGGUGUGAAGUGUGAUGGUUGCGGUGGCAAUUAUCACAAACGUUGUGCCUACAAAAUAAGCCAUAAUUGCUCCGACUCRAAGCACCGUGCYUCRUCURCACAGUACAACACACUACCAAAGAACCUCACKGCAAUGGACUUGCACUCAACCAACAUGCUUCAACCAACUAACUCGUGGAACGGAGGUCAAAAUAGAAAUAGGCGUAACACUUGGAGCUACGAUAAACCGAUAAGCUGGGAAAAGACUGGACGAAUACAUGUACCGCAUACAUUUGCAAUGCAUACCUACAAAAGACCUACUCAUUGCCAAAUCUGUAAAAAGAUGUUAAAAGGAAUCUUUAGACAAGGUUUUCAGUGUAAAGAUUGUAAAUUCAACUGCCAUAAGAAGUGUUCAGAACAAGCACCAAAAAACUGUUUAGGAGAGAUGCUUAUGUAUGAAACAGGCUCAGUGGCUUCAUAUGAUUCUGGCAGCAUCUCAGAAACGUUAUCAGAGAUGGAUCUCACWGAUGAAAUGCAGGAUGAACACUCUAUUGAUGAAAAUGAGCCUCGAAAUACGUACACUCUUGAGGAGUAUGAAGCAGAGCCGCCAAGUCCGUCCUCAUCUGAUUGUGAAUUAAGCCCAAGUAGUACCUAUAUACCAUUACAACGAGUKGUUGUGUCCGUGAAGCACACUAAGAGAAAAGGRUCYAAGAUCUUGAAGCAAGGCUGGAUGGUUCAUUUUACUAAUAAAGAUAUGAAAAGGAAACGRCACUACUGGCGUUUAGACACAAAAUGUUUGACAUUAUUCAAUGAUGCUGACAGCAAUAGAUAUUAUAAAGAAAUUCCAUUAUCAGAGAUUCUAUCAGUUGAAUCUAAUAUAGACCCCCUUGCWACUGARGCAACACGUUCACCUCACUGUGCUGAGAUGAAARCUCGAGAUAUGAUUUAUUACAUUGGGCUAGAAGAUGAUGAGCUUGUCUCACCAGACCCUGACAGCGGAAUAGGAACUGCACUGGGUCAGACAUGGGCUGAUACUAUCCGUUCAGCGCUGAUGCCUGGAUGUGUCACGCCCACUACAAGCUUAGCUAAUAUGAAGUCAAUAACUAGUUGAUAUUACACAAUUAUAUCAAGUCUUUCCAGACGAGAUUCUCGGAUCUGGACAGUUUGGGAUUGUUUAUGGAGGUGUCCAUCGUGAAAGUGGUCGCGAGGUUGCAGUUAAAGUUAUUGAUAAAUUACGUUUCCCUACCAAACAAGAAGCACAAUUAAAGAACGAAGUAGCAAUUCUUAAACAAUUAGAUCAUCCUGGUAUGGUGACUUUGGAACAAAUGUUUGAAACACCUGAAAGGGUGUUUGUUGUAAUGGAGAAACUUCGAGGUGAUAUGUUAGAAAUGAUUCUGUCAAGUCCGAAUGGAAAACUUGACGAAAGGUGUACAAGAUUUUUAAUAACACAGAUUCUUAUUGCCCUAAAGUAUCUCCACUCGAGAAACAUCGUUCAUUGYGAUCUUAAGCCAGAAAAUGUUUUACUAUCCCCAGUCGUUAGUGAAUGCGGGUAYCCAGCGGUCAAGCUUUGUGACUUUGGGUUUGCUCGUAUUAUCGAAGAAAAGUCGUUUCGUCGGUCCGUUGUUGGUACGCCGGCCUAUUUAGCACCAGAAGUGCUACUGAAUCAACCUUACAAUAGAUCGCUGGAUAUGUGGUCAGUUGGGGUCGUCGUCUAUGUUAGUUUAAGUGGUACAUUUCCGUUCAAUGAAGAAGAAGAUAUUCAAGACCAAAUUCACAAUGCAGCGUUUAUGUAUCCUCCCGAUCCAUGGCAAGACAUAUCACGUGAUGCCAUCAAUUUAAUCAGUAAUUUGCUCCAAGUCAAACAGAGAAGCAGAUACACCUGUGAUAAAUGUCUUAUUCAUCCUUGGUUACAGAACUAUCAAACGUGGCUUGAUUUACGGAGCAUGGAGCGAGUGAUGGGUUUCCGGUACUUGACACAUGUCAGUGACGACGCACAUUGGCAGGCCUACGGUGAACAACUKCGUAACGCCUCGAGACAGCAGCGUGACCCGCGGGAUGGUAGCGGGAAUUCCCGACAAUCUAACAAUCGAUUCUUUCCYCCAACACAAACAAAUGAGCGAAGGCUUCAGCCCAGUAUUAGUUUCUUGUAAAUUUCCMAGAAUCAUACCUCGAAUCUUUUAUGAGAGUUUUAAGAAUCAAUAGCAAUUAACCCAUAAUGCAAUUCAAGCACGGUCAAGAUUUUUUAAUCAUAUGCACACAUCUCAUAUCUCGAAUCUCAUAUUGCACGAAUKAAUGCGCACAGGGGAGGGGUGAAAAGUUUAUUACUGAAUGAUCCCGGCUCGGACUGAAAAGCUUUCGAAUUGAAGUACGACCGUGAAGGGCAUUAGGAAAAAAAUGUCUUGGUAAUUUUAAAAGACGAGAACGUUGUAGCUUCGAAUUGAAUUCGCGGGCCACUUCACUUUUGGUAGACAAUAAGCCUUUCUUUUAGUGACAAUUUAUAGAGCGACAUCAUCUUUAUAAAAGGUUUAAACCAAUCGAAUGUGAUCUUUUGUGUCUCGGGAUAGAACCCAWCGCUGUUCUUAAGUCGUUAGAAGUCCUUGSACUAUUUCUGUCGGAAUAAUCCGUCAAGUCCGUUUUCGUGUUGUUUUUUUUUUAGAUAGAAAGAUAUUGAGUUACUUGAGUYUUUUUACAGAAAAUAGCAUCAAUACAAAAUGGAUUUGAAGGAAUAAUUUAAUGGACUUAAAGAAUGCAAAGACUUUAUUUCCCAACAUAUUUUGUUCUGUAAUAUGGCGAUACACAAAUACUUUAUAUUGCUAUAAAGCUAAGAUUACAGGAAUAUAGAUUGAUCGCCAAGCAAGCAACCUUGAUAGCAAAAAACAAAGUUCUCUCGAUUUUUAACCACAAUCCUUCACGGCCCUCAAUUGAUUUUUUUUUUCUAACGGCGUUUUUAAAUCGAUGUACAUUGUACGAUUGAAAUCUAAGCAAGAAAAAUAAUUGAUUUCCUCUCAUUUAUCCGUUUUUAUUUCGUAAUAUUUAUUGUAAGUGGACAAUUGUAUAGAUGUACAGGGAACUCUUUUCACUUUAACUUAAGCUUCAAAACUCAGAGUAUUUUGUAGGAAGUGUAUUUUAUAGGUGUGUCCAGCAUUUAAGGAGAAAAAAAACACCCUUUUUCCUUUAGUUUUAGCUCCAAGUCGCAGAUAACAAUGUGUAAAUUGCUUUUUCAUUUACAAAAUUGUCUUUGUAAUCGCCUAGACAAGUUUGCCUGGAUUUCAUGAAUUUGUAUAUGUGUGAAUAUGAAGAGCACACGUGACUAUAGACAGAAAUAAAACAAUGGCAAUGACGGCAUUUUCUACCGCAAAGUGUUGGUAGAUUGAAAUAAUCCUUCGAAUCCGUUUCUUUGACUUCUUAGUAGAAACGGCAUAACUAACUUGUAUUCUUGUAAAGAAAAUACAAAAAUAAAAAUUGACUUAUUUCCCAUCAUUGUUCUAGAAAAUGCCGUUGCUGCACAUGGCUAAUUUGAAACUUCUUAAGUGGCUGUUUGUAUUGAUGUGUUUACUAUUGUCUAGAGCGUUGGCGCCAGAAGUUUACCGGUAUUAAUUCCCUGAAACAAAAUCAUGUUACAGAGCGAUUGAAAUAUACGUUGAUACCGGAAAUGGUCCAUUAAAAWAGCAAGGAAUUGCUAGGAAUUAGUACAAAUCUUGCAUUAAAAAACUUGAUUUUAAUCAAGGUGCCACAUCGCAAAAACUUGUGAAUAACCUUGUCACUACGUCAUGUUGGUUUCGGCGAUGUGAAUCAUGGAAUUGAGCAAAAAAUUAAAAUGGCGGAUGCUUUAUAACAUAA